CUGCUUUACGUGGGGUGAUCCCCCACAGCCUCUGAGCUCCGAAUCCAGUAUAUCGGAAAUGCUUUGCCCUGCACGGUUCUUUUUUUUGCCAACAGGUAAACAAGCUAAUGGUCACAUGACCACACCGAAAAAGUAUCAUGCACGUGACUUGGAAUCCUGGUAUCCUGCUUACAUGUAUGCUCUGUUAGCGUUUAAGGCCCGAAGACAUUUACUUCAUCAUCUCCGUGUCUUUGUUUCAGUAUCACCUAUGCUAUCAAUUUCCGUAAUUUAUCAAAUCCCCGCAUCCUAACUAACGUCCUUCCUCGAUUGACCAUUCUGCCAUGUCCUCGCCAAACCAUCCGGCUGCAGACGAAGCACUCUCUGACGAUGACGACGAAUGUAUCAAAGUGCUCACGAUGGCUCACCAGUCGGUCAAACACUCACAGCGACUGGCGCCUAGCCACCGCUCUGACUUCUCUUUUGACACCGCACGGCGCACGGUACACCGCCAGGGCUCGCUCAUUCUCCCCGAAACAGGCGAAAGGGUCCACAUCCAGUCGUACAUUCGGGAGCACCCAUCAUUCGACGAUGAAACCACGCUGCUAAUAAGCAAUCACACCACUUACGGCACCCAGCCGCCUGUAUCUACUAACCGAAACCUCUUUCCGGGUACCACCGUUUUCCUUCGCCGGAUCGCCGCUCUUGUCGUCUCUGAAAAGUUUAGAGCGGUCAUGAAAUGUGCCUUGACAUACCUUCUAGCCUCGCUUGCGGUCUACUACCAGCCCCUCUCCGACUUUAUCGGCCACACAGACUCGAAACACGUGGUGGCAACCGUCGCGGUCUACUUCCAUCCGUACCGCACCCGCGGCUCGAUGUACCAGUCGCUCAUCUUCGUCUCUGUCUCCAUUGCGUUCAGCUUUGCCGUGUCGUUCUCCUGCGGUUUGCUCGCGGCCUACUGCUACACCCACGGUCAGGAUGAGCUCAGCUACGUGGUGGAUCUUGUCUGCUCUUCGGCGGCGCUUGGGGUCAUUUCGUUCUGGAAGCAAAAGAUCUCUAAACCCACGUUCAACACCGCCUGUUCGUUGGCCUCCAUUUCCAUCAUCUCCACCGUUAUCCGCGAGGGCAGUCUCCACGCGGGCGCCAUUCCCGUGGAGAAGCUCAAAUCCACCUUUGGUAUCGUCUGUCUCGGGACGUGCUUGUCUUGUGCUGUUUGUUUCCUUAUCUGGCCGACGUCAGCGGUGGACAAUCUCCGUGCGAGCUUGAACGAAAGCUGCAAUCUCAUGUCGAGCCUAUUGUCGAAUGUUUCGCACAAGUUUUUGGUCGGCGAAAACAUCAACCUGAAGGACGCCGUGAUGUUGUACUCGCGGAUGAAGCUGAACAUUGCAUCGCUAAACGCUUCGCUUGAAGAGGCCCAGUACGAAUUGUACGUCAGCGGCAGAGAAGGCGAGUACGGGGUGUUCAAGAAGUUGGUCAGCUCAACCACCGCGUUGGUACGGCUUCUCGACGGGUUGCGAGGCUCCGCCGAGAUGCAGUGGAUGUUGCUUCAGGCGUAUCGCAGCCAUCAGGAAAACCCUGAAAGCGAUAGCUCCACGCUCGACUCCUUCGUCGACGAGACGUUGUCGCGGUCGCAAUCGUUUUUCAAUGCCCAGGAUGUCAACGAUGUCCCCCAAGAGGACCCCAUCGAUCCGUAUAAGCUCUUUGACGUGUUUGUGUUUCACCUAGGGCCUUCUCUUAAGUCAUUUAUCUUCACGAUCAAGGCGAUUCUCAAACGCAUUCCGUUCGAACUGGGACCGGAUUCGCCCGUCACGGAGACCCUUAACUACCAGCACAGCUUGGCCAGUGCCAUCGACUUGUUCAACGAAAAACAGCAGCUCGCAAUCCAGCAACUCUACAAACAGCAGAUAUUCAGCUCCAUGGAACAGAAUAUCGACUUGGCCGUUGGUCAGGAGGAGGUGGCUGCCAGCUGCGGCAACUUCAGCUCGGUCUUGAAGGAGUUUGCCAACGAAUUGAAGCGGUUUUUAGAGUGUCUCGAGGAGUAUGGUGACUUGAAGGACCAGACCCAAACUCGCACGUUCAACUGGCUCAAAUUCUGGAACCGCUCACCCUUGGAGUCUCGCAAAGGCAUUGCUUACAACCAUCCAACGAACGAGCGCAACCUCAACUCGGCGUUGACCAAACUCACCCGCAUUUCCCGCCCGGUCGCCAGCAAAACUUGGAAUUACCGUCUCUGGGAUUCGCUCCGGCUGUUGAAACGCGUGGAUAUUCAGCUAGCGUUCAGGGUCGGUAUCGGGGCGUUCUGCAUCUCCAUCUUUGCGUUUCUCGAGCCCACCCGACAAAUCUUCACCCAGUGGCGCGGAGAGUGGGCGUUGGUUAUUUAUUCGAUCAUGAUGAACAAAUCCACUGGGGGAACGUCCAUGACCGUGAAAUGGAGGUUUUUGGGCACGUUUAUGGGGGCGUAUGGCGCCUGUCUUGUGUGGUACAUGUCUGGGGGGCAUCCUUACGCCUUGGCUCUCGUGGGCGCGGCGAUUGCGGUCCCUUCGUUCUAUAUUAUCAUCUACUGGAAGGCCAACAAUGCGUUUGGCCGGUUUAUCUUGCUCACCUACAACUUGACCGCGUUGUAUUCCUACUCCAUGACCAUGAAGGACGAUGAAGAUGGUAAUGAAGGGGGUGACAACCCCAUUGUCGGUGAGAUUGCGUUCCACCGAUUCGUGGCGGUGGCGCUUGGGGUAUGCUGGGCGUUGAUCAUGGCGAACUUUGUCCUUCCCAACAGUGCCAGGAGUCGCUUGAAGCGCGGUUUGGCCAUCUUGUGGUUGCGGAUGGGUGUCAUUUGGAACAGUGACCCGCUUAGCUACUCCUACGAUCCCGAAACCAUGCUGACCUAUCUCGUGGGCAUCAGGGACCAGCAGGGCGUGCGCGGAAUCAUGAACGAAUUGGAGUCCUUGUUGAAACAGGCCCCGAUGGAGUACCGUUUGAAGGGGAACUUCCCCGAAGCGACAUAUUCUUCGUUGUUGAAAAGCACCACCAAGAUUCUAGACUCGUUUCAGAAUUUGUCCACCAUCAUUGAGCUCGACCGUGUGUUAACGCCGAAUGAGGAGUAUGUGGUGAGGUACACAGCGGGCGAACGUAAAGAGCUUCAGCAUCGCAUCUUUCUCAUCUUGUACAUGGUUGCCAGUGCGGUGAAGCUCGGGUUUCCUAUUCCGAGCAAGCCCGCCUCUAUCGAUCACGCGAAAGACCGCAUGUUGACCAAGUUGCACGAAGUGCGCCAUCGUCUGGACUUGGUGCUCCAAAACGAGGACUACGUGUUGCUUUAUUCUUACGUUUUGGUCACUUCCAACAUCGUGGAAGAGUUGGACAUCAUUUUGGAGUUGGUGUUGGAGUUGUACGGAUCAGUCAGCGAGAGCGCGUUGGAAUUGAUGUAGAGACCGUCCGCGUAUGCCAAUUGAACUAGCUCGAUCAGAAUUAUUUCCGCGGGCAGUUGAGGUUUAUUCAAGGCUCCUUGGAUGGUAUGCACUUGUCGAUCGCUUUGAGUGAAUUGGACCCUUGUGGGAGGGGUUUACUCAAGAGUAGGAGAUCCAGCACAGCAGUUGGAGCGUAUACUUUAUCAUAAUCGUGGCCGGAUCUGCAAAACUUUCAGGCUAAUAUCUUGACUCAAGUUUCAAUCACACCGAUUUUCCAGAUCGGGAUGAGCAUUAGUAUAUAGAAAGAGGGUUAAUAAUAU